GGGGAUUCGCCGUCGUCAAAGCAGACUAGAAGACAACCACAUCAGCCUGCUUCCGCCGCGCCAUCUUCUCCUCCCCCACCGCCGCCGCGCGGGCCAUCGUCUCCUUGCUCAUCCGGUCAUCCCUCCUCCUCAUUCCUCAAUCCGUCCGCCCCGCCGCGUCCCGGCGGACUGGACCCAGGAAUCGGUGGCAUCCGACCCCCGUCCCACCCCCUCUCGCUGCUGAACCUGAAUCCCAGGAACGCUCCCCCCUGCGCGGCGGCAUGGACACGGAGCCGCUGCUGCCGGCGCAAAUGCUCCGCCCGUUGCCGGAGCACUCGGAGGUCUCCCACUUCUCCGCCCCGCCACCCUCCUCCCCGGCGUCCUCCUACAAGGACCGCAUCAUCUUCGGCGCCCACCCGCCGCCGCCCCCUCCUCCCCCGCCGCCCCCGCCGCCGCCGCACGGCGCCCACUACCGCCGCGGCUCCAUCGACGGGCUCCGCGACCUCGACCUGCCGUCCUGCUCCUCGGCCCCGCCCUCGCCGCCGCCGGACCCGGAGGACCCCUCCUCCGCCUCUGCCGCCUCGCCCUCGCUCUUCGACUUCAUCGCCGUCGCCACCGGCGGCCGCACCAACCUCCACCGCUCCCGCACCGCGCCGGCCAUGGCGCCGCUCAGCGCCGUGGCGUUCGCGGCCGGGGACCAGCCGCCGGCGCCGCCCAAGCGCCCGGCCAUCGUGCUGCACGCUUUCCUCUUCCUGCUCGCCUACCUCGCCCUCGGCGUCACCUUCUACGCCGCCGCGCCGGCCAACUUCACCUCCUCGGCAGGGCCCACGCACCCCGUUGCAGACGCCCUCUACUUCUGCAUCGUCACGCUCUGCACCAUCGGGUACGGGGACAUCACGCCGGCGACCCCCGCCGCCAAGCUCUUCUCCAUCUCCUUCGUCCUCGUCGGAUUUGGCUUCGUUGACAUCCUCCUCUCCGGGAUGGUCUCCUAUGUGCUCGACCUGCAGGAGCACCUCCUCAUCACCACGCUCAAGAACCCAAGCUCCGCGCGCAAGCACCGCCACAACUACAUCUUUGACGUCAAGAAGGGCAGGAUGCGCAUUCGUAUGAAGGUGGCACUCGCACUGGGCGUCGUCGCCAUCUGCGUGGGUGUCGGAGCGGCAGUUCUUAGGAAGGUGGAGAGCCUGGGGUGGCUCGACUCGGUCUAUCUCUCGGUGAUGUCAGUGACCACAGUCGGUUAUGGGGACCAUGCGUUCCGAACACUAGCUGGGCGGCUUUUUGCAUCUGCUUGGCUGCUCGUGUCCACCCUGGCUGUGGCGAGGGCGUUCCUCUACUUGGCGGAGAUGAGGAUUGACAAGAGGCACCGUGCAAUGGCCAACUGGGUGCUGUCGAGAAAUAUGACUGUUUCUGAAUUUCUUGCUGCUGAUAUUGACAACAAUGGAUAUGUCACGUAAGUACAUGGGGCCUUAUUUCACCUCUUGCAUUUACUACUAAGCAGAUGAUUACAUUCAGACUAUUUCUUACGUUUUGGCUAAAUAAAUAUCAUUGAUCCACCGUUAACCAUGCAAAUAGGUGGUACAAAAUUGAUUAUCCUCCAGAGAGGCUUAUUGGUUAUAGAUCCACAUCCACAAAUAAAACGGAUUUAUAAUUGGAGGUCACUGAUUAAGCAUUAUGGAACUAUCAACCCAUCGCCAAUCGGGCAAAGUAAAAUUUCAAAAUUCUCAGUUAAGGAUGAACUUGCCAGAUAGGCACUAGCCAGCAAUAAUGUAUCAUUAACAUUUGGUUGUUCACUUGGCGCUGUUUAGUUCUGCUGAUGUUCCUGUGCUAGAUGGGAUCUGGCGUCUGUUCAAAAUUUGAAAAAAAAGGCUGAGCAUGCUACAUCUUAAUAAGCUUUGGUAAAGUUAAUGGGCUUGUGUGUGCUUAUUCAUCACCUUGGGGUAUUCAAGAGACUUAUUCUUGAAAAUUCAGCAUAGAAGAAUAAAUCAAAAUGGAGAAAGAACUCAGCUUACUUAUUCCCAUAUGGUUUCAAUCAUACACCCUAUUAAAAGGGAUGAAGACUGUUCUGUUUGGAGACUUGUUAAGUAUUAUUCCUCUACCAGUCUGUCACACUUGCCAGAAUAUACCAAAAUACAAACCUAUAAAAGAAGUAUUUUGAUACAUUGCAUGUGGAGGAAUGUAUAACGAUAUAUACAAAUCAUGGUGCGUAGAUUGGGCCAAACUUUUUGCCAAGAAACUUCUUUUCUGUUGACAAAAAGCAGUUGAAUGCAAUUAACAAAUUCAUCUUGCAGUCGUGUUCACUGAAUGAACUGUUAUUGUCUUGCAAUUGCUGUAGAAGAAUAGUUCGUGACUGAAAAUAAUAUAGUAUGGCAUUAUGGCUGUUAAUAAUACGACAUAUAAAACAAAUGGAGUGAGCUUGACAGUUUGUCAACUAUUUUGGGUGACUGGAUAAAUUAAGAAUAAACAAAUAACAUUUGAAGGGAAGAUUUUUUAAAGUAAAAAUAUUGAUUUAUUUUGACAUUCUCCUGGUUUCUAACAAUAAUAAAUGUUCCAUGAUGUUUUUCAUUUCUACAUUGUGUCAUCUUUGGAAGACCCAUAGAACUGUCCUUUUAUGUUCAUCAACGAUUGCGGAAUUCUCAAUUUUUUAAACUGGUGGUAUGAUGGUGCUAUCGCAAGUAUCGGUUGAAUGAAUGGCUUAUGUAGUGCAGUUUUGCUCAUUUACAUGUUCAUUCAGUUAUUGACAAAUAUACAUAGAUUGCUUAUUCCUGUGCAGCUGUUCUAAAAAAUAUGUAUGGUAAUUUUGAAACUUUGAAUAUUCAAAAUUUAUAGAUGAUUCA